CAACCAAUCUACCCUCCCCCAUUCCAAUGGCAUCCGCGCCCGCCUCGCACCGGGUGACCGCCGGCGCGCCCUGGAGCCCCCUCCCGCGCGGCGGCUUCCGCGCGCUCACCGACUCCGCCCCCGCCUCCCUCCGCUUCUCCGUCGCCCGCCGCCGCGCCUCUCGCCUAGAGGUGAAGGCGGCCGGAAAUAUCUUCGGGGACUACUUCCAGGUCGCGACUUACGGCGAGUCUCAUGGAGGCGGUGUCGGCUGCGUCAUCAGCGGGUGCCCGCCCAGAAUCCCACUCACCGAGGAAGACAUGCAGGCGGACCUCGACCGAAGACGGCCAGGUCAGAGCAGAAUUACCACCCCAAGAAAGGAGACCGAUACCUGUAAAAUUCUUUCAGGGACAUACGAAGGAUUGACCACUGGGACGCCAAUUCAUGUUUUCGUCCCAAACACUGAUCAAAGAGGGGGUGAUUACACUGAAAUGGCUAAGGCGUACAGACCUUCCCAUGCGGAUUUGACCUAUGACCUCAAGUAUGGCGUUAGAUCUGUGCAGGGAGGUGGAAGGUCAUCGGCAAGAGAAACCAUUGGAAGGGUAGCUGCAGGAGCUCUCGCAAAGAAAAUUCUCAAGCUCAAAUCUGGAGUAGAGAUUCUGGCAUUUGUUUCCAAAGUGCACCAAGUCGUACUGCCUGACGAUGCAGUUGAUUAUGAAACUGUGACCCUGGACCAGAUAGAGAGCAACAUUUGUAGAUGCCCUGAUCCAGAAUAUGCAGAGAAGAUGAUCGCUGCAAUUGAUAAAGUGCGAACUGAUGGGAAUUCGAUCGGCGGGGUGGUCACAUGUAUUGCUAGAAAUGUUCCUCGUGGGCUUGGCACUCCUGUAUUUGACAAACUCGAAGCUCUACUGGCGAAGGCUAUGCUUUCUCUUCCUGCAAGCAAGGGAUUUGAGAUUGGUAGUGGAUUUGCAGGUACUGACUUAACUGGAAGUGAGCAUAACGAUGAGUUCUACAUGGAUGAGGCUGGAAAUGUGAGAACACGAACCAAUCGCUCGGGUGGUGUACAGGGAGGGAUAUCAAAUGGUGAAACAAUAUACUUCAAAGUAGCUUUCAAGCCAACAGCAACUAUCGGGAAGAAGCAAAAUACUGUAACAAGGGAUCAUCAGGAUAUCGAACUUAGGACAAGGGGUCGCCACGACCCAUGUGUUGUUCCCCGGGCUGUUCCAAUGGUUGAAACGAUGGCCGCAUUGGUCCUCAUGGACCAGUUGAUGGCGCACAGUGCUCAGUGUGAGAUGUUUCCACUGAACCUUGCCCUACAAGAACCAGUUGGUUCCACAAACAGUACACCUGUAUUGGCACCAGAUCUAGCAUAACACCUUCCUUGGAACAAUAAGCCCCUCUUUAUAGUCCCCGCUCCUUCUCUUCCUUUUUUUUGCCUGCCAUAUUUCAGGGUUUUGCUAAGCAUUUUGCAGUUUUGUACCAAACCUGUAUCCUAGCCUAUACAUUUGUUUAGUGUACAUCAAGAGAUUCAUUGAACCUCGAAAUAAAAGGCGCAUUUAUAUUC